AUGUCAAUAGGUGCAGAUAGUAUCGGUAACGAUCCAUUCACGAUUGUUUUAUUUGGUGCCUGCAAUUCUGGUAAGAGUUCCUUGAUUAAUGCUGUCAUGACGAAAGACCAAUGCCCAGUCGGUCACGAUGGAAAACCAACAACCAUGAAACUACAGUUGAUACAAUCAGGUACCAAAGUUUAUAUUGAUACUCCGGGCCUUCCCAAAAGCCCGUCAAAAAUACGUAGAUCCACAUUCCCGCGUGAUCAGCAUCCGUCCAUGAUUUGGUUAGUAGUCAAUUUUCAAGCAGCAAUCGAAGAUGAUGAAUUUGAUAUUCUCAAUCAAUUUCCAGUUGUACCAUCAAUAGUUAUCUUGAACAAAGUCGAUUUUUGCACAAAAGAAGAUGUUGAAAAUUUUGAUAACGUGGACUAUUCUACAAAGCAUACAAAACUGGCAACCGUACACAAACGACUAAUUGCAGAGAAAGAAGUACAUAAGAACAUUCAACAUAUUGCCAUCAUAUCUCUGAAAGACGAGUCCGAUAGCGAACGGUGUCCGAUUGGUGUCGAUAUGCUUGAGACAAUCACAAAGAAGUAUACUGGACAGGAAAAAGUGAAUAAUGCUCCAUCAGGUGAAGAAUCCAGCGUAUCAAUUGCAAUUGUUGGCUAUAGUUCAAGUGGAAAAAGUUCAAUGAUAAAUACUAUUUUGUCUGACAAGCCGGCAGCAAUUGGUUGCGAUGGGAAGCUAACUACAAAAGAAUUGACGUGUUAUCAGUUGCGUCAAUGUAAACUGUGGGAUUUCCCAGCUAUAAAUAAGCGCUUCGAAGAAGAUCAAAAAGAUAUAUUAACUAUCGAUGAAAACGUACAGCCCGAUAUGAUUUGGUUUAUCUUCAAUUAUAAUAGUGUCGAUGUUGAUGAUGAAUAUAAGCUAUAUGAGCUUCUUAAGAUCAAUAAAGAUAUACCUGUGAUUGUAAUCAUCAACAAAGUGGAUAAAUUACGGAAAGUUCGUGACUUGUCUCAAGCGGAUCUAAUGGAAUUUAGCCAACUACUACCAUCCUCGAAAUUGUCAAGCAAUAAAAAGCUAACCCAAUUACGUGAUGGAAUAUAUGGUGCAUGGUCCAAGUUGAUGAAUUUGAAAGCUGUUACUGUCACUUCACUCACGAGUGGAGAUGAUGAAGAAGAUGAAAGUAGCACACCAAUAGGGAUUGAUGUUUUACUAGAUAUCACACGACAACAUCUGACAAAUAAUGGUCAGAAGCGAACAGUUCAGAUGCUGGAGCUGCCGAAUUCAUCGUCUGUGAGAAUGAUGAAUAAGCAAACAGCAAAAACUGUGUCAUGGGAAAAGGUCAACAGAAUUGUCGCACUUAUCUAUCAAUUGUUUGCUUAUCUUGGCACUCCAGUCAAGGGGCUCGCGGAGUUCGUGAACAAUUGUAAUGGAUAGAUGCUUCUGCUCUUUAAUUAAGAGACUUGGACGAACUUUUACUGUCAAUAUUCUUGAAAAUAAAUUAAAAAUAUCCUGUACCUGGCAGAGGUCUCGAUGAUAUUCACUUAAAAAUAAAUCACUAGCAUCAAAGAUGUCAAACGCAUCAACUAUUCUGAUGGACAUAGUAAAGUUGCAGAGUCAUAACAAUAUCAAUUUUUUUUGGUAAUCAUUGCAUUGCAGAUAACAAGGUCUAUGAAACAAUAGCUAAAAUUAUAGAUUAGGACUGUAUUAGAAAGAUAUUAUGAUGAAACUGGAUUAAAAUAGUGUAUGA